AUGUCGUACCAACGUGACCACGACGUACCUGUGUCUUCCGAAGACCAGCAUAUCGUCGACGUACUGGUGACCAAGGGCAAGGAAAACAGUUUUGGGGGAGACAUUAACAUACCGCCUAUAGUUCGCGGCUCGGGUGUGCUGGAAAGCGAGAUCAGCGAGAUCGCCACCAGUCAUAUAGACCUCCCUCCGACCAUCCUAUGCCUUGUCGGUGCUCCGCUCAGGGCUAUCUCUGACGACAAACCUGUCUCCUUGAGCAAGAACAGCCUAACAGACGCUGCCAACGCAUGCCAUGAGCACGCCAUUGUUGAAUACUGGGCCAUCGCUGCAUUUGAAGGGGACAUCAGGUUGCAGCCAGACCGUUUGAACCUCAAUGAGCUUUGGCUCGCCCGAAUCCGCUCUCAUUUUCAGAAGGUGCCUGAUGAUGGACAUCUCCGAUCCAAGGAGCCACUCGACCUGGCUCGGAAGUCGGCGACUUCUUUCAUAGGCCAGGAGAUAGAGAUAGAGGUAAGUCUGGAGCGAAUCUGCAGCGAAAAGAAUUCCAGGGCCAAGACAGCGGCAAAUCUCUGUGCUGCGCGGUUUCUCAAGCUCUGUCGCUUCGGCAAGUGUGAUUUUGAUCCCGAAUGGCGCAAUCGAUCUUCGAACGCCUCAACGGGAUCCCCACCUGUUCCUACGAUGGGCAUGCCCAUUUACCCACUGUCUGAGCUGCAAAAAUGGGUGUGUGAUAAUGUGAGUCACUGGGAUAUCGCGUGCGUUCCAUCUACAGAGCGGUCUGCGUUAUUGAAACAUCCCGGUCUUGAUGCUGUCUACGGAACCGACACAACGACUUCAGGCAGUGAGUAUGGCAGCUCCGAGAGUAGUUCGUUACUGUCCCGGGGCGAGGAUGAAGAGGCGUCUAUCGAGUCACCUGUCACGUCCUCUGGAGCUGAGGGCUACGAAACACAUUCGCCCUUAAGCACCAAAGCAAUCUUGUGGAUCGUGCUCCCCAUGCUACUAGCUGUCUUUAUCGCCAACGCAGACGGGUCAAUUGUUAUGGCAACGCACGCUGUGAUUGCAUCCGAAUUUAUGGCACUAGAGUCCUCAAGCUGGUUGUUCACCGGGUUUAUACUUGCUUCAACAGCGACGCAGACAACAUUCGGCCAGCUUAGUGAGAUCUUUGGAAGAAAGUCAAUCAUCAUCCUCUGUUACGCGAUCUUCGGUUUAGGCUGCCUCAUUGUCGGGACUGCGCAGUCUAUGGCCACCGCCAUUGUCGGCAGGGUCCUUUCUGGGGCCGUCAGCGCAGGGUCAAACGUGCUUGUGUCCUUGGUUAUUACGGACAUCCUUCCUGUGCGAGAGGUCGCAAGCUGGAGGUCGUAUGUCAAUAUCGCCGCUGUGAGCGGACGAUGCAUAGGUGGUCCGCUUGGGGGCUGGCUCGCUGAUGUAAUCGGCUGGAGACUGUCUUUCAUUGGACAAGCUCCUAUAUUCGCGAUCUCUAUAUUGCUUUGCUGGAUCUCUUUACCGACGACGAGAACGAAUUCCAUAAUGUCGAAAGACGCGACAGCCUCCCAGUCCAAGUUCGGCAAGCUUCGUCAAGUGGAUUUCAUGGGCUCCACUCUCCUCGCAGCUUUCCUGAUACUCAUCCUAUUGCCCUUGGAAAUCGGAGGGAACAAAAUUGCCUGGACAGACGCUCGGAUACAAAUCCUCUUUGGCUCUGGAUUCCUGUGCCUUAUUGUGUUCGUCGUCGUUGAAAAGUGGUGGGCGACCAACCCACUCUUGCCCCUCAAAUUAUUCUAUAGCCGACACACUGUUGUAUCAUUCCUGGUGCUGGCUCUUCAAUGUGCGGCCCAAUUAGGAAUGAUGUUUUCGGUCCCUCUUUACUUUCAAGUCACACAGAAGAUGUCUAACACAGCAGCCGGUGCUCACCUUAUGCCAGCGGUGAUCGGCAAUGCCAUCGGAGGGAUAUUAUCUGGAUACUUCAUCCGAAACGGCUUCGGGACUGGCAUUGCGCUUUCUGCAGUCUUCAUCGCUGUCCAAGCCUCUGUGGAUAAGUCACAAGUUGCUCCCGCUAUCUCGGCUCUGUACCUGGCCUCAGGGUUCGGUACGGUUGUCGGCCUUGCCGCUGUCAGUGCGACUUUCCAGGCUGGCUUGAGAAGCACUCUCGAGGCCCGAUUGAUGGACAUGCACCUCGGCCAGGAGUUGCGGAGUGAGAUUAUUGAAAAGGCACUAGCCAGCGUUGAAUAUAUCUAUAAGGCAAGGGGUGAUAUUGCAAACGCAAUCACGGAGUCCUAUGUGGAUGGUCUUUGGUAUAGCCACAUCGUGUCUUUGAGCGCGUCAUUACUAGCAGAUCAGAUGGCCUAG